UGCGGGUUACGUAAUUCGUCGCGGGUUCCGCGCGGCCCUCCUCCCCGGCUUCCUGGGACCCCAGGAUGCGCUGAGCCUCACGACGCCCUCCGCGGCAGCCGGCUCCCGCCCAAGGUUCGAAGCGGUAAUGAAGCAAAGAGGAGGUGACUGUGGAAAGAGACACAGAACAAAUUUUGGGAAACUUUGUUCCUUUUGCUUCCCGAGGAAGACCAAAGAAAGGUGUGAAUGACAGAGGUGGUGCCAUCCAGCGCCCUCAGCGAGGUCAGCCUUCGCCUCCUGUGCCACGAUGACAUAGACACUGUGAAGCACCUCUGUAGCGACUGGUUCCCCAUCGAGUACCCAGACUCAUGGUAUCAUGACAUCACAUCCAACAAGAAGUUCUUUUCCCUCGCUGCAACUUACAGAGGUGCCAUCGUGGGAAUGAUAGUAGCUGAGAUAAAAAGUAGGACCAAGAUACAUAAAGAGGACGGAGAUAUUUUAGCCUCCAACUUCUCUGUUGACACCCAAGUUGCGUACAUCCUAAGUCUGGGAGUAGUAAAAGAAUUCCGGAAGCACGGCAUAGGUUCCCUUUUACUUGAAAGUUUGAAGGAUCACAUAUCAACCACCGCCCAGGACCACUGCAAAGCCAUCUACCUGCAUGUCCUCACCACCAACAACACGGCCAUCAGCUUCUACGAGAAUAGAGACUUUAAGCAGCACCACUAUCUUCCCUAUUACUACUCUAUCCGGGGGGUCCUCAAAGACGGCUUCACCUACGUCCUCUACAUCAAUGGCGGCCACCCUCCGUGGACAAUCCUGGACUACAUCCAGCACCUGGGCUCCGCGCUAGCCAGCCUGAGCCCUUGCUCUAUCCCACAGAGGCUCUACCGCCAGGCCCACAGCCUGCUCUGCAGCUUCCUGCCUUGGUCCAGCAUCUCUGCCAAGGGUGGCAUUGAGUACAGCCGAACCAUGUGAGGCCAGCCAGGCUGCCUCCACUGGCCCCCGCCCCUCAGCACCUGCUGAGCCUGCCUUCCUAUUCCUCUGACCCCUGAGGUUCUCUGGGAAGGAGCCGGCAGCUAUCUGCUGAACCCGUUGGCCUGCCCCAGCUGUAGGCCCGGUGCUACGCAGGCUCAGGAGCAGCACUGGGCAUGGCCAGACCACAUGGCCUCUGACAGGCUCCUCCUGCUGCUGAAACCUCUGCCUCCACCUGGUGCCCUGCCCCGCCUUCCACACACAUUCCCACCCCUCCUAGCACUCCUUCAGGCCGGCUGGGACAUGGCUGCCUUCACUGAGGUCUAUCUAUCCCACCGCCCACCCUGGGAGCAGGAGGCCAGGAAGGGGUCACACUCUUCACGCCCCUCGCCUGACCUCUUCCACUUUCCUGCUUGUCAGCUCCCUCCGCCAAAGCCAGAAUGAACUUGCUUCUGGGAGGGAGGAACACAAGUGUUAUGGACAGACAUGACCCUACAGAUGGGAAAAAUGGCUCAGAACAAUGGGGUGGCAGGGUGAAGGGGAUGCCGGACCCUUGUCUAGAGCCAGCCUUCCAGAGCUAGACUUCAGGAGCCUGGGGCGGGGACAGCCUUGCUCCCCACGAGGGGCUUGCCACUUGGGGGCAGCGCACCAAGCUCUGGGCCAGGCUUUCUGGCUUAAGGAGCCAGGGUUGCAGGUUGCUUCCCUGCUUCUCAGCGGGACAUGGAUUCCUCCAGCCAUCCCUGCUGCUUCACAGUGUCAACAGAAAGAUCAGAGUUGCUCGAUGGAUCCCGGAGACUCAGUUCACUGAACUGCCACUGAGAGCCUGGCUGAGGACAUGCCUUCAAGGUCUCCCUGGCUAGACAUGUGACUGGCUGGGGAGUGGGGCCUGACCUGGAGGCGGGGCCAAUCGUCACAUCCUAUGAUUCCUUGAAGGUCCCAGGGCAGUGGUGGGCCAGCCAGCCGCCAGUGGAGCUGGCUCCAUGCCCACAGUGAGCUCGUGGCAUGCAGCCUGCAUCCUUCAUGUGCUUCUGCGUCUUCUCCACACUGCAUGCCCCAAAAGCCCCUGGCUGCCUCCCCAGCGUCCAGAGCAGCCGGGGUAGGGGCAGAGUCCCUUCCAGAGUUUCCUUAGUAGCACAAGCCACCAUCAUGGGGGCCCUAGGGGAAAGAAGGGCCAACUGAGCAGAUGUGGCCUCGUGAUUUGAACCCCUCACUCUUUCAGAACCCCCCAGCCCAGGGGCUCAGGGUGCUGGGCCUGCCUUUGCUGUCUGCCCCUCGCCCACACAGCUGCUGCCAUGCUGACUGUUCCCAACCUCUGUGCUGAUGUCACCUGGGCACUGAGGCUCAGCUGUGUCCUCUCUAAUCUGAAUCAACGGUGAUCCUGUGAUUUUUUAUGUCUGCCCCAUGGGGCGAAGGAAGAGGAAAGGUUCUGCCUUGGAUGUUAUCACCGAGAUCAGACGUCCUGCCCUCUACCUGCCCCCUAAUCACUGCAGUGUCCAGCUGGUGUUGAAGGGAGUGUAGUGUUUUGUCAUAUCACAAAUAAAUAGACUUUAAUUGGUCA